UGCAUUACUCGUAGUAUUUUUUUCUUUUAUGCCUAAGUUUGAACGACGUUGCAGUUCUUAUUGCCAAGAAUGAAGAAGGCUGGCCCUAACUCAACAACAGUAUAGCCGUGUGUGCGUUGAGCUGGUGAUGGUGGUGCAUUCCAGACGCAGAAGCGGUGCUGCCCCAUGUCCUGACGGCCCGGCGUCGGCGAUCCUCGCGCGGCGGAGACAGAGAGGCGUGGGGGCGCUUGCGCGGGGCAUGUGAGCGCGCGGGCGCAGCCGCGGCAUGCCGGGCGGGCGCCGGGGGCUCGUGGCCCCGCAGAACACGUUCCUCGAGAACAUCAUCCGCCGCUCCUCCAGCCAGCCAGACAGCAGCUUUCUGCUGGCAAACGCGCAGAUCGUGGACUACCCCAUCGUGUACUGCAACGAAACCUUCUGCAAGAUGAGCGGCUACAACCGCGCGGAGGUGAUGCAGAAAUCAUGCCGCUGCGCGUGGAUGUACGGCGAGCUAACGGAGAAGGAGGCGGUGGAGCGCGUGGACCGCGCGCUCGACCACCACCUGGCGGAUCAGUUCGAGAUACUGCUCUAUAAGAAGAACCGAACCCCAUUAUGGCUGCUGGUGCACGUGGCGCCGAUCCGCAACGAGCGCGAGCUGGUGGUGCUGUUCCUGCUCACCUUCCGCGACAUCACGGCCCUCAAGCAGCCCAUCGACCAGGACGACCCCAAGGGAGCGGGGCUGUCAAAAUUCGCGAAGCUGGCGCGCUCCGUCACGCGCUCGCGCUCCGUGCUAGUGUCCGCGCUGCCGGCCCUCAAGGAGCCGCAGCGGCAGAGCCACCUCGCGCAUGUGAUGUCGCUGUCCGGCGACGUGCUGCCGCAGUACCGGCAGGAGGCGCCCAAGACCCCUCCGCACAUCCUGCUACACUACUGCGCCUUCAAGGCCAUCUGGGACUGGAUCAUCCUUUGCCUCACCUUCUACACCGCAAUCAUGGUCCCAUACAACGUAGCCUUCAAGAACAAAACCUCCGAAGAUGUCUCCUUAUUGGUUAUCGACUCCAUCGUCGACGUCGUCUUCUUCAUCGACAUCGUGCUCAAUUUCCACACCACGUUCGUGGGCGCCGGCGGAGAGGUCGUCAGCGACCCCAAGGUCAUCCGCAAGAACUACUUCAAGUCGUGGUUCCUGAUCGACCUGCUGUCGUGCCUGCCGUACGACGUGUUCAACGCGUUCGACCACGACGAGGACGGCAUCGGCAGCCUGUUCUCGGCGCUGAAGGUGGUGCGGCUGCUGCGGCUCGGGCGCGUGGUGCGCAAGCUGGACCGCUACCUGGAGUACGGCGCGGCCAUGCUGAUCCUGCUGCUGUGUUUCUACAUGCUGGUGGCGCACUGGCUGGCGUGCGUGUGGUACAGCAUCGGGCGCUCGGAUGCCGACUCGGGCCUGCAGUACUCGUGGUUGUGGAAGCUGGCCAACGUGACGCAAACGCCGUACUCCUACGUGUGGUCCAACGAGUCGGACGGGCCCGAGCUGGUGAACGGGCCCUCGCGCAAGACCAUGUACGUGACGGCGCUCUACUUCACCAUGACCUGCAUGACCUCCGUGGGCUUCGGCAACGUCGCCGCCGAGACCGAUAACGAGAAGAUCUUCACCAUCUGCAUGAUGAUUGUAGCAGCGCUGCUGUACGCGACCAUCUUCGGGCACGUCACCACCAUCAUCCAGCAGAUGACGUCGGCGACGGCCAAGUACCACGACAUGCUCAACAACGUGCGGGAGUUCAUGAAGCUGCACGAAGUGCCGAAGGCGCUCAGCGAGCGCGUUAUGGACUACGUGGUCUCCACUUGGGCGAUGACUAAAGGACUGGACACGGAUAAGGUGAGCUGA